GGGACGGCUAAUCAGCUCUACACAUGUACCACAGAGCCCCGUUCACACUCUCAAUAGUUAACGAUGCCACCCUCCGAUUUUGCAAAUGCUGAUAUACCCAGCAUUGUUGAGAAACUCACGCUUGAAGAAGCCACUGCACUCAUUGCUGGGGUCGGCUUCUGGCACACCCAUGGCAUUGAACGCCUCAAUAUACCUGCCGUCAAAGUCAGCGACGGACCAAAUGGUGUUCGCGGGAAUUUCUUCUUUAUGGGAACUCCGGCGAAGUGUUUGCCAUCUGCUACAGCGUUGGGGGCAACAUUCGACACAGACCUUAUUCACGAGGUCGGCGCGAAGCUCCUUGCUCCGGAGGCUAAACUGCGCUCUGCCUCCAUCAUCUUAGCACCGACGUGCAACAUCCAGCGAAACCCACUCGGCGGGAGGAGUUUUGAGAGCUUCUCAGAGGAUCCCACUCUCUCGGGACUGAUCGCGGCUGCAUACGUUGCGGGCAUCCAGUCCAAAGGGAUUGGAACCGCAAUCAAGCACUACGCCACGAACGACAAAGAAAACGAUCGCAAUGCAUACGAUAGUCAGGUCAGCGCGCGGGCUCUCCGCGAGAUCUACCUUAUGCCGUUCAUGCUUGCCGAGAAGUAUGCGAAGCCCUGGUCCGUCAUGACAGCAUACAACAAGCUGAACGGACUGCACGUCUCCGAGGACCCGUUCAUGCUUAAAGAUGUCCUCCGAAAGGAAUGGGGUUCCGAUGCCAUGAUCAUGAGUGACUGGUUCGGCGUUUACAGCGUCUCAGAUAGCAUUAAUGCAGGUCUCGACCUUGAGAUGCCAGGAACAAACAAAUGGCGUACAUGGGACAAAGUCCGUCGCUCAGUUGAAGCACGAAAGACCACCGCGCGUAUUGUCAAGGAACGCGCGGCGAAGGUGCUCGAGCUCGUGAAGAGGUGUGCACAGGGAGCGCCGGAUGUACUUGACGGUGAUGGCAAAGAGCGGACGCAUGAAAGCGAAGAAGAUAUGGCUCUUAUGCGGAAAGUUGCCGCGGAGUCUGUCGUUCUGCUGAAGAAUGAGGGGGAUCUUCUGCCUCUUCAACCUUCGACACUGAAGAAAGUUGCUAUUGUUGGCGGUAAUGCGAAGGCGCUUGUCCUGUCAGGCGGAGGCUCCGCAGCGUUGAAAUCAUCAUACUUCAUUUCUCCUUUCGAUGGUAUCGUGAAAGCACUUGGGGAAAACGUUGAAGUCACCUUUGCCGAGGGCGCGAGAACUUUCAAGGCCCUCCCUUCGCUCGACAACGAUCUUGUCACGGAGAAGGGCGAGAAAUGCUGGGUCGGAGAAUGGUACUCUAAUGGACCAGACGGCCUUACCGCUCAGGGCGACCCAGUGCUCACGCAAGUCAUCGAUGAAACAAAUGCGUUCAUUUCAGUCGACAAGCCCAAAGGACUUGCAUCACACUUCACGCUCCAUUUGCGUGGCAAGAUGAAGCCUAGGAAGAAGGACACGAAAUUUGAAUUCGGGUUGACCGUGGCUGGACGUGCCAAGUUGUACGUCGACGGUAAACUCCUGAUCGACAACUGGACACGCCAACGUCGCGGUGAAGCAUUCUUCUCCACAGCUACGCAAGAAGAGAAAGGCAUCUUCGAGUUGAAAGCAGGCGUAUCGCACGACAUACACGUACACUACGUUAAUGUACGUGGCCCAGCGGAUGAGGACGAAGACGAGUUACUUAUGGAUUCUAAUCCUGGUAUACGCCUCGGUGGUGCAGUGGUACUGGAUCCAGAUGAAGAUAUGGCACUUGCCGUGCAACUUGCGAAGGAAGCUGAUCUUGCUAUCGUUGUCGUUGGCUUGAAUAGCGAUUGGGAAAGUGAAGGGUAUGAUAGGACUACGCUGGCCCUGGCUGGUCGGACGGACGAGCUUGUGGAGAAGGUAGCAGCGGCGAAUAAGAAGACCGUCGUUGUUACGCAGUCGGGUUCUGCCAUUGCAAUGCCAUGGGCGGAUUCGGUUCCCGCGAUCGUGCACGCAUGGUACCUUGGAAAUUCGACAGGGGAUGCCAUCGCCGACGUACUGACAGGGAAAGUCAACCCAUCUGGCAAGAUGUCACUCACAUUCCCGAAGAGACUCGAAGACGUACCCUCUCAUGGGCACUUCCACUCUGAACAUGGAACCGUGCUCUAUUCUGAGGACUUGUUUGUCGGUUACAAACAUUUUCAACAUAGAAUUAUCAAACCUCUGUGGGCAUUCGGCCAUGGCCUUUCAUAUACAACGUUCCAGUAUCUGGAUCUGAGCGUUUCAAAGCCAAAAGUCGUAUCCUCGUCGGACGGGAAGAAAGACCUCUCCAUCACCAUCUCGCUCGCCAUUACCAACACAGGUCCCGUUACGGGCUCCGAGACAAUCCAAGUCUACGUUGUACACCCUCCAACAUCCGCACUCACGCAAGUCCCCCUCGCGCUCCGCGCAUUCAAGAAAGUCCGUGACCUGAAACCGGGCGAGAAACUCCCUGUGGAGCUCACGCUGGAUAAAUAUGCUGUGAGCUAUUGGGAGGAACGUAUCGGCUCGUGGACAAUUGAGAAGGGCGAGUACACGGUUCACGUGGGAUCUUCGUCGGACAACUUGCUCUUGAGGGCACCGCUUGUCCUUGAGAGGUCGGACGUUUUCGAGUGGAAUGGACUGUAG